GAUCGAAUGAAUAGUACUGCGGUGUUGUGCUUAAAGCUAUUGCAUUUCUCACUUCUAUAUUCAUAAACUGAACCUGAAAAACUGUGUAAACAAAAGCCGAGGCUUUAUUAAGAGAGAAGAAGACAAAAACAAUUGAAAAAGGAAGUCAGAAAUCUUAGAUAUUUAUUUCAUGCCGAAUAAAAUAAACGACAUUACCCAGAAGAUUUCAUGACAAGUACAAGAUAACUGCAGGAAUUUUCCAGAAGAAUUUGCGACAACAAUUUGUAAUCUGCCGUUCUUUUUCUGUCUGUGCAAUCAAAUAGAAAGUGCUUUGUAAGCAGAACAACUCACAUAACAUUGUAAAUAUAACAAGCACUCUGUGGAUUAAGACAUGAAACAGGAGGGAGAGGGCGAUGUGGUGCUAAUCACAGGUGGCAGUGGAUUUCUAGGGCAGCAUAUCGUUCGGCUGAUUGAAGAGCGUGAUCCAACAGUAAAGGAAAUACGUAUUGUAGACUUGCGACCGUACGAAAAUCGAUUAAGACAUAGCGAACAUAAAAAGUUAGUAUCAAUUUUGGGCGAUAUUUGCGAUCCGGCCAGCAUCGAGCAUGCAUUUGAGGGAGUCAAUUGUGUAUUCCAUUGUGCUGCCUACAUUAAUUUUCAAUAUCCACCAAAUUUCGAUGAAUUAGAACGUGUUAAUGUGAAGGGUACCCAGAAUGUAAUUGAUUUGUGCAUCAAGCACAAUGUGCCUAAUUUAAUUUACACCAGCAGUGCGCUGGUAACAUUCGUGCCUUACAUGGGAAAAGGGACAUUUUCUAUAAUUGUAAAUCAGACCGAAUCUAAGGCGAAGACACCAUCAACUGACAGUCAAUUUCUUAUUCCCGGGUUUCCAGCGUCGAAGUUACGAGCUGAAAAAUUGGUUCUUUCAUCACAUGGAACAAAACUGAUUAAUGGAAAAGAUCACUUGAACACUGUAGCAUUGCGUCCGACUUUGAUGUAUGGUGAGUGCGAUGAGCGUUUUUUUCCGACCAUUAUGAGAUUGGCUGUACGAUGGAAUGGGAAAAUUCCACGAAUUGCCGAGGGUGGAAAGAAGCAACUGAGUUAUGUGGGUAAUGUAGCUUGGGCUCAUCUCUGUGCACGAACUAAACUCAAAAUGAAUCCGAAAGACAUAUCAGGACUACCGAUCUUUAUCACCGAUGAAACGCCGGUCACAGACGCUGUACGAUUUACUCAACGUGUCAACGUCGACAUGGAGAUUUUCAAGAUUAAACCAAUGUCAUGGUCUCCACCAUUUCUACUUUGCUAUUUCCUUGCUAUGAUGUUGGAGCUUGUUCUAAAGGCAGUAAAUAUAUUCAAAAAGGUUCAAGUUGAAUAUUGUCCACGUGGAUUGUUGGCUUAUGGAUCAUCACUCGUACUUUUCGAUCGUUUGCGUAGCUCGAUAUCAAUGGACUACGAGCCCAUUUAUACGGUCAGUGAAGGGUUUUUGAGAAGCGCAAAAUGGUAUGAUUUGUGGUAUCAAAACUUCAAAACUGGAGAACAUUCAAUUCGAAAUCGGAAUUCAUGAGUCGUCGAUGGCUGAAAUUUUAUUUUAAAUUUUUGUGAGUACGGUUUGAAUUUGAUAAGAGUGAAAACCGAAACCUAAAUCGAUGCUAAAAAGGGGUGAGAUGGGCAAACAACAAUUUUUAUUUUAUUCGUUGAAGGAUGCAAAUAAACUUUUUUUUUGAGUUAUUUGAUACUUUGUUGUGAAUUCAAA